AUGUAUCAUUUGGGUUCGAUUGCUCCACUACCUAGCCGUUCAGGCUCAGAUACCUCAUUUUUAGAUCGUGAUUCGAAUCCUUUACCUGCUACAAUCGAGAACCCAUUUCCUACGGAAGACUCUUCGGUUCUCGCAGGAGAAUUAUGCCUUCAAAAUGGGACUAGGUGUUCUGACGCCUCCAAAGAAAUAAGUGAUCUUCAGAGAAAUAACCCUCGUUAUCUUAUAUCUUCAGUUUCCGGUGUGAGCAGAAGAGGUUCCACUAUAUCUCCUCAUCGUGCUCUUAGUACUUCCCGUAAAACUGCUAGCUGGUGUAGCUCUGCACCUAUUUUGUGCGAAACAUCUGAACAACCACACUUGACGUGUGUGCCGUCAAAUGGCCACGGAUUGACAGUCAUAUCACCCGAAAGCAACUGUCAGUUGAGCAGUUCAAAUGCGAUUCGGGAGCAAUGUACGCCGAUACGUGAAGAGGAUGAUGAGGCAGCGCGCUCUGGAGAAUCUCCUUUGUAUAAAACAUAUGACUUUUUAACUGGUUUAGGUAAUCGAAGGAGGUCUGAAUCUUCUAGUAUGCAAACAAACUCAGCUAUUUUCACAGCUUCUAAUAUAGCUCGUGUUGCAUUCGCCACUUUGGCUGAGUCAGAAUCAACAUCAACUAUUAGUCAGUUGCCAAAUAUAGGCUCCUAUCCGAACCACUGUGGUGAUGCUAUGCAAAAUGGAAGUGGUUCGCGAUGCACUACAUCCAAUUUUUCACUAAGCUCCUUGGCAACGAGUUUACGAGAUUCACGCUAUAUGAUUGACAUAAUACGAGGAACAUUCGAGUUACAGUGUCAGUAUAAUCGUAGGUUUACAAAUUCUAUUGCAGGAGUUAGCAGUGGAGAAUAUAACUCCGAUCGAGCUAGUACCUCUACAUCGAUGCGUAGCCUUACUGCUAUAUCUGAAAGCUUUUUUAUGAAUAAUCAAUUGAAAGACGACUUUAUUCCACGUGAUUCACACAAAUUCCCUCUAUAUGAUGGAAACCUGUCACAUCUUUCUCCAGAAUCUAUAUCAAAAGCUUCGUCUACUUCCCAUACAGUAACACAUCCUGUGAAUGCUUCCUUCAAUUCAGAUUCAGUCGGUAAAAGUUCAUCUCAGUUGACUAGAAUCAGCUUACCAGCUAAUAUAACUGAAGCACCCAACACAGAAGUUAUCACAUCAACCAGUCCUGUUUUAGAUAGCAAUGUGGGCAACUUUUCCUCUUCUUUUUCUCUUGAACAAAAUUCACCGAUAAGAUUUGGGAAUUUUUCUCAUAACAAUCAUAGAAAUGGAUCCUGUAAAUCUACUAAUCACUCAAAUAUUAUGCCCAAGUAUUCUCCACAUAUGUUAUCAGAAGUUGAAUUACCUAAGAAUUCGAAUUCCAAAUGUAUUUUAGACAAAGAUUACAGUAUAGUGGUAAAUAUGAGUCAACAGAUCAAUAAUAAUAACAAUGACAAUAAUACUAUAAAUAACUCUGAGAUAUUCAGUAGUGGAGCAGUCAACUAUUGGACGCAUAAAACCAAUGGACCGAAUCACAAGCAAGUAUCACCUUUAGCUUUUGGAAAACAUAAAGCUAGACUAACUUGUUGCUCACUUUCAUGA